UCGGUCUCUCCUGUCCUCCAAGGCUGCAGCCUCCAUGACCACCUCCUGCUAGGUUGUUGGGCACCAUGCCGCUUCCAUUCCAGGCCUCCGGCCGCAAAUCUUCCCAGCAUCAACGCUACACCCCCUUGCACGAGUCUAUCCCCGAAGAGGUCCACAAUGACCGCCGCUACUCUGACACCCUCACUCUCUCCGACCUCUCCGAACCUGAUCUCAACGAAUCCGAUGACUCCAAUGUCAAGCUGCGCCGUGUAGACCACGCCAGGAACCCCUCUCAGGCUACCGCCUACGCGCCCGCCCCCGACCGGCGCUCCACUGACGUCGAGGCCUACCUCGACAGUAUCACCGAGGCCGAGCAGGAGCUGCUGUCCGCUGCGCGGCAGUAUGAGCUCACCGACGAUAGCGAGGACGAGGACUACGUCGUGAAGAAGAAGGGGCAUCGUCGGAGAACCUCCUCGUUCCGAAGACAUACACCCCGCACGGGAUGGCGGGCUUAUUACUAUUCACGCUGGUUGUGGUGGACACUGGUCGUCAUUUUCGUCGCGCUGGGGCUGAUGGUGUGGGGGUUUUUGAAUCGAGCGUGGUCAGGGGAUCCGGAUCGCAUGGAUAUGACCCCGUCGGAGUCAUGGUUCCCGACGCCUAAAGGUGGCGCCCUAGAGAAUUGGGCGGAGGACUAUCGGAAGGCGGAGAUGAUGGUCCGGGAUAUGACCCUCAUCGAGAAGAUUAAUGUCACCACGGGCAUUGGGUGGCAGAUGGGGCUAUGUGUGGGAAAUACAGGCCCCGCGGAAUUCGUCAAGUUUCCUUCGCUAUGUCUACAAGACGGUCCACUCGGCUUGCGCUACGCUGACCUCAUUUCGGCAUUCCCCGCGGGUAUAACGACAGGAGCGACCUGGAAUCGGGAGUUGAUCCGACAGCGUGGGGAAGCAAUGGGAGAGGAAGCCCGGCUAAAGGGCGUGAACGUUCUACUGGGCCCUUCGAUGGGCGCUAUUGGCAUGAUGCCCGCGGGCGGCCGCAACUGGGAGGGGUUUGGCUCCGACCCGGUGCUGCAGGGCGUUGCCGCUGCGGAGACUAUCCGUGGCAUCCAAAGUCGCGGAGUCAUGGCUACAGCCAAGCAUUUCGUGUUGAAUGAACAGGAGCACUUCCGUCAACCUCUGGAGUGGGGGAUCGCAUCAGCAAUGUCAUCCAAUGUUGGAGAUCGCGCGCUUCACGAGGUCUUUGUGUGGCCAUUCGCUGAGAGUAUUCGCGCUGAUGUCGCCAGCGUCAUGUGUGCGUACCAGAUGGUGAACAACAGCCAUGCGUGUGAGAAUAGCAAACUGUUGAACGGCAUCCUGAAAGAUGAGCUGGGCUUCCAAGGAUUUGUACAGUCCGACUGGCUGGCGCAGCGGUCCGGUAUUAACAGUGCCCUUGGGGGUCUAGACAUGAGCAUGCCAGGUGAUGGCCUCCUUUGGGCGGAUGGGAGGUCCUUGUGGGGAGCCGAGUUAACUCGGGCGGUCCUCAACACUUCGGUGCCGAUGGAGCGAUUGAACGACAUGGUGACCCGCAUUGUGGCGGCCUGGUACCAUCUUGGCCAGGAUUACUGGGAACGGCCCCCUCCCGAGGGUGAUGGCGGCCCCAACUUCUCCUCAUGGACCAACGACCAAGUUGGAUGGCUCCAUCAAGGAUCUCCCGACGAUGAAGCCUACGGAAUCGUGAACCGAUUCAUUAACGCACAAGGUGAAGGAGCGGAUGCACACGGGAUCAUUGCCCGCAGGGUGGCCGCGGAGGGCAUCGUUUUGGUGAAGAACGACAAGAACACGCUUCCGCUGUCCCGUCGGCCCAGUGUUUCCUCUGGUGUCUAUCGGGUGGGUGUGUAUGGCGACGAUGCCGGACCGGCUCAGGGACCUAACGCAUGCCCGGACCGCGGGUGCAACCAGGGCACCCUGGCCAUGGGCUGGGGCAGCGGAACGGUGGAAAUGCCAUAUCUAGUCAGCCCGAUCGAAGCGUUGCAGUCGGCCUGGGCAUCGGAGGUCGAAGUGCACCCGUAUCUGCGGAACGCGGUCAUGCCGGCCGACGCGGCCGACAAAAACCUGUGUUUAGUCUUUGCGAACGCCGAUUCGGGUGAGGGGUUCAUAUCUGCCGGCGGCAUUCACGGCGACCGCAACCAUUUGUUUCUGCAGAAGGGUGGCGAUUCUCUCAUCCAGACAGUCGCCAGCAGCUGUGGCGGGCCGACCGUGGUGGUCGUGCACGCCGUGGGCCCGGUGGUGGUUGAGUCCUGGAUUGAUAUUCCCGGCGUCGAGGCGGUGCUGUUCGCUCACCUGCCCGGACAGGAGAGCGGCAACGCGCUGAUGGACGUGCUGUUCGGGGAGGUCGAUGCCAGCGGCCGGCUGCCGUAUACUGUCGGGAAGAGUCUUGCGGAUUACGGGCCGGCAGCACAAGUCCUCUAUGAGCCCAAUGCGCCUGUGCCGCAGGUAGACUUCAGCGAUGGGUUGUAUAUUGACCACCGAUACUUCGACCGCCACAACAUCACGCCGCGGUUUGAAUUUGGAUUUGGGUUGUCGUACACGACCUUUGAGCUGGCGGACCUGCGGGUCAACGCGUUACAGCCGAAGUCGCAACUGCCGGCGCCGCGGCCGGGGCAGACGGUCUACCCACCGGAAUACGACUCGGAGCCGCCACGAAACGAAUCUGUCUUCUUCCCGGCGGGAUUCCAGGUGGUGUCCAAGUACAUAUACCCCUACCUCCCGUCCUUGCAGGGCACGGAGGCGGCGAACUACACGCACUAUCCGAAGGGGUACAAUCAAGUGCAGACCCCGUCGGAGGCGGGCGGCGGGCUCGGGGGCAACCCGUCCCUGUAUGAGGAGAUGGCCCAGGUGGAGGUGCAGGUCCGCAACACGGGAUCGCGGGAGGGGCAGACGGUCGUGCAGGCCUAUGUAUCGUUCCCGGACGAGGUGACAGAGGACGGGGACUGGGUGGAGGUGCACCAGGGGGCCCGGAGCCCGAGGAAGGUGAAGCUCGAGCGGAUGCCGGAGAAGAUCGACUUCCCGGUGCGAGUGCUGCGGAACUUCAGCAAGGUGGCGCUGGGCGUUGGGGAGGAGCAGACGGUGUCGAUGAGUCUGAGUCGGAAGGAUCUGAGCUACUGGAGCGUGCGGCAGCAGAAUUGGGUGAUGCCGGAGGGGGAUUUCACGAUCUGGGUCGGGUCGAGCUCGAGAGAUCUGCCGCUGCGGGAGAAUUUCUAGGCAUUCUUUUACGUUUUGGGACGUGUACAUAUAUUAUCUGUCUUAUAUUCAUAUC